GCCAUGUAGAAGUCAGACCCACAGGUGGAUGAGAAGUGCUGCCUGGUCAGAUCCCCGUCCACCAGACCUUCACUCAUCUUGCUCAGACCAAAGUCUGCCACCUAGAGGCGAAAGUCCCUAUUUGCCAUAAACCACCGCAGAGAUCCCCCUCUCCCUGGUUACACAUCAUUGGGUUUCAUUGUGGAGGAGGACGGUAAAACACCUCAGCUGGAUGGGAUGGAAAGGAGACGAGGAGUUCGACUUGAAAUGAACCGCGGACACAAGCCAAACGCCGGCCAGCUGUCUACUGGAGCCAGAUCCCAUAGGCUUCAUUUCCCAGAUUCUCCCACUUGAACCCUUACUCCUGUUCUCUACCUGCUGGGCUCCUGUUUGUCCCCUGCCUGUCUGGGUGUGCUGAGCGAUGAAGAUCCCUCUGUGGUGCCUGGUGGUGCUGCUGGCAUGUCUCUUCGCCCCUGGACGCAGUGACUGCCAGGGGGACUGUGUGGCCUGCGGUCUGCUCCUGCAGCAGCAGCAACAGCUGCAGCAAGCCUUCAACACCAUGGUGUGUUUGUUAGAGUGUGAGGGUCAUGUCUCCUCCUCGCUCACAUGGGAGGUGUGUAAACGUGCUGUCAAACUGUCGCACCGUCCUACGUUUCCUGAGGGAGGCGCUCUGUUGAAGAGAACAGGAGAGAAGCUGGAGCUGACCUCUCUUGACCUGAACUCUGACAGUGAACUGCUGCAGUCUGCAGCUGCAGAGCGUUUCCAGGAUGGGGAUCAGGAGGAGACACCAGUCGAGCAGCGCAGUGUCCAGUAUGACUCAUCACUGCUGGAAUCCUCUGAGGAGGGGGAGGGCCUGCAGGGUCUGGAUCUCAGUCUGGUGGAUGAAGAGAUGAAGUCAAGGGAGGAGAGGAACGUGGAAAGUGACAACCAGCUAGAAGGGGAUGAGGAUGACAGCUUAGAGCCGAUCACCUUAUCCAAACGCUUUGGUGGCUUUCAGAGAGGGCGCCAUGGGUACAGGAAGCUCAUUGGCUCUCCCAUGAGGCCCCUACAAAAGCGCUACGGUGGGUUCAUAGGUGUCCGGAAAUCUGCCCGCAAAUGGAACAGUCAGAAACGGGUGAACCAGCUGCUCAGGCAGUACCUGGGCAUGAGGAGCAGCCGCAGCGGCCGGUUCAACAACAUCCCUGUAACUCGGGUUUGGAGGCAAAACAAACUGUAACGUGUUUCUGUUGUUGCUCACAGAAUCCUGCCCCAGUUACCUCAACCAACCAAUCAAUCAUGUUUUCAGCAGCUCACGCCAGUUUGAACUGUGACGUCACCAUCGUCAUCAGAGGAACAGACUCCACCAUCUCGCUGCACCUCUCUUCAUGUCUCUAAGUAACAAGGAAUGUUUUGACCGUGAUGUCCUUCUUAAUAAGCAUAUUUACAUGCCAUUCUGUGAAAUAAAAGAAUUAGAGAAGUGCAAUUGAAUAUAUUUUUGUGUGUGGGUAUAAAAAAAAAAGGGGCCAAAUGAGAUUGAAAAACUGGUUCUUCUGGGUAUUACAUUCAAAAUCAUGUUGUCUGCACUUUGAUGCAUGUGUGGAUGGGACUAAUUACAGCUUCAGCAGUGUUUUGCACUCUGUAGUCUGUAGUCUUAUGAGAGCAAUAACUGAUGUCCAGCUCUCAUAAAAUGGACUUUUUUUCCCAACAUAUAGGCUUCCCCUUAUAAAAUGGAAUUUUGGAAAAAAAUCUGGGACUAAACAAAUCAUGUUCGACAGGCCUGUAACUGCUAAGCAUGACAGAGCAGACACAAAUAAUAUAAUAAAAUUGGAUGUGGACCAGCACUGUACUUUUAAGAUGGUUCAGUCAGAUGUAAAUAUGAUCAGACAGCACAAACUGUUUUCUGCUCAAGAAAUUUAAUUAAUUAAACUCAAUUUUCAAACUCACCAAAACUCUGCAUCUCCUCAAAAAAAAAACAUUGCUUUAUUCUGAGUAUUGACACACAAAAAAUGUCUUUUUUCUGUAUAUUGUACCCUGAUUUUAGCCAAUAAGUUAUCAAUGCAAACCUUGCAAGUGAUGAUUUUCUCUUGAGGAAAUGAGCAGCAGGUUGGCAGGCUUCCUUCGGCUCCUUUCAGUGGAACAAUACUGUCCUCUAGUGUUUGAGGAACAAACAUGUUGCCCUUGGAUGCUGACUUGGGAUCAGUUUCGACACGUCCUCAGUGAUAUUGAAUAUAAUUCUUAGGGUUGACCUCUUUUUCUGCAGCUAGGGUGAAAUUAUAAAUUAGCAUAAGCUAACAAAUGUACAAAUAUACUUAAUUUAUGAUACUUACCUGUCCAUCACAGUCAAAAGAAAAGGAUUAGGAGAAUAGGAGAAGAAAACAGUAUCAGUAUUUUCUGAAUGACACAUCAUAAUUCAUCAUAUUUGCCACAUUUGGAACUGUACACAAAUCAGUGGGGUGGGGAAGGGGGUCAAACCUUAUGUUUUA